AGAAAUGGCCAUGACAUGGGACCUUUAAGUCGUUUUGAGUAAAAGCGUCAGCUAAAUGAAAUGUAAUGUAACAUCAAUCAUCAGCUGUACUCUCUAAUAGAGGCAAAACAUCCCCCAAAAUAAAACAUGUGAAAACAAGUAAAUUCAGACAAAUCGUAUGAGAAAAAUCAUGUUUGUCAGUAAACAUAUUUCAUCAUUUUGAAGCAUGUGAACUCGUUCAAGUGGAAACCCAAAAUACACCCGAAGCCUUGCAUAAGAUGUCCCCUUCCAAAAACAAAGAGACACUUAGAAAAUAAAGUGUUAGCAGAAGGCCUUUACAGAAAUGCAGAUAAAUAGCUCAUCAUAACACAAACAGUUCUCACACUUACAAAGUAAAAACUGUAAAAUCAGGAAUUUACCAAUCACUCAUCACUCUGUGAAUUGACUGUAAUAUUUAAUCUAAUCCGGGCAAUUCAAGCCACAGUGGACAGAUAAUCAUCUACUCUAUCACACGCAGAAAAUGUCACACACACUAUGCAUUUAUGAGUAAUUCAAUAUGUUACAUGUCACUCCAAACAUUUACACAGUUAUUUCUUGAAAUGUGAAUUUCCUCAUGCGAUUAGAUGACUAAGCCCCUCUUUGCCUCACCAUUCAACUGGUAUUGUUGAUACAUUCUCUCCUUUAUCAUCAGGCUGGUAGAUUCAUGUAAUUUAUUGGAAAACUUCAGCAACAGGAGGGAUACGAGUGAAAUGAGUGAUGCAUGAUAUUUGACUGAAGAGGGCGAGAGUCAAAGACAGGUAUAAAAGAAGAGAGGAAGGGAGAUUGUUUUCAGCCUAAAAUAGAGGUUUUUGGUGAAACGAGAGAGAUGGUGCGUGUGGAAAAAAGAAGAGGCUGACGGAGGUCUUGUUUUUGUGCACGGAGCCAAGGGUCGUAGCAAAAAGACUGAGACAGGUUGACAUAUAUCAAAAACAUCAUUGAAAUGUUAAGCUCUCAGAAUGAGUCAUUUGACAUUUGUUGAACAAUCCCCUGACACACUUCUGGUCCCCUGCUCAGUCUCACACUCAGAGGGUCUCUGCUCACAUCUUCUCUCGCCUCCUCAUCCACGAUGCAGCCACUUUGUUAUUUCUCUCUCCUGUGCACUCUCUCUUCCCUCUCCUCUGUGUUGUCUCUAAACUGCUCUGACAGACACUAUGCCUGGCCAGCGAACACACCUACGUUAUGCUGCGACAAAUGCGCGCCAGGUCAGCGUAUGGUUAAGCGUUCAGAAGUCAAUUGUGUACAUCAGUGUGGACCCUGCAUGGAGAAACUGUACAGGGAUACCUACAAUGAGAAGAUGAGCUGUGAAAUUUGUGGAUUUUGCAAUAAACCAAACAUGGCGUAUGAUUCAAACUGCAACUCCACUCACAACGCAGUGUGCCGAUGUAACGCCGGCUACAUGUACAAAGAUGCAUCCCGCAAACAGUGUGUGCCGAUACCACCAACCGACACCAAACCUACACCUGCUCCACCCACUACAGUCCUGAAACCUGGCCUCACUACAGCCUGGCCGCCUGCUCCACAACUCAGAGUUCUUACAGAUACCGUGUGGUUCCUGGUGAUUAUUGCCCUCCUGUGUGCAGGACUUGCAAUCGUUUUUGUCGCAAACAUAAAGCCCUUUCUGCGCUGGAUCAAAUCCAUGAAUGGCUACUUUUUGGCUAAAGAGCCUGCGCCGGUAACGGCAUGCUCCGAGGACGAAGGAGUGUCCACGCCUAUCCAGGAAGUGGUCGGGAAAUGUGAAUGUGUAUGAGUGAAAGAAGAGCUCCAGAAUAUGAACAUUUACUGCAAAACAUCUCUUUGGACAUUAAGGGCAAACAGGGGCAAACGUCCCUCGACCUACGCUAGAAAUGGAAGAACAGAUUUCAAGACUGCUGCUGUUUUCCGGGCAAACUUGACUGUCUGACAUCUGUGACGUUAAGAUGAUAAAUAGGAUAGGAGAACUUCAAAUACCAAAAGUGACGCUGUAACUGUUGUGCAUGGGUUAGAAACUGUGCCGGUGGUAUGUACUAUGGUACAUUUAUAGAUGUAAAUAUAAACAGACUUUUAAAAUUUUUCAAAUGUGAAUGUUUUGAUUUCUUUGUAUUUCUACUCAGCUUUCUUUAUUCUGAAUAAAGUUUUAUUGUAACCAAA